AUCAGACAAUUUCUUCCUAAGCAAACAAGACAGAAAAACUUAUGAAAAUAGCGCCCUCAAAUAGCCAAAACUCAUUUACACAAUGGCGAAAAUGUUUAUGUUGGCCUUCUUGAUGGUUUACUUCGAAAGUUCUUUCGGUCAAUGUCCCAAUAUGAAGUCAUUAUUUUACAUCAAAAGUGGGUUUUACCUUCAAAACCAUAAAUCUCUCGGCUUGUUAGCUGAUAGUGAGACAGCUUGUCGCAUUAAGUGUUACAUUGUUGACGACUGCAUGUCAUAUAACUACAAUUCAGGCACCAAGGCCUGUGAGGUGAAUGAUUCUGAUGACAUUCAGCACCCAAAAGACCUUAUUCAAAGACAUGGAUACAUGUAUGUCGGCACAGAGAACGACUGUAAAAGCAAACCUUGCCCAGUGAACAUCACUUGCAAAGCUAGUGUGAGGAUUAAAGGACAACACAAGUGUAUCAACAAAGAGCAAAAGUACUGUAAUAAGUCUCUUGGAAUGGAAGAUGGACGAAUAAUAGACGACAACAUCAAAGCCUUCUCUCAUGUGACCAGUAGUUGUGGCUUAGUUCCCUGUUACCCAUAUAACGGUCGUCUAAAUGGUAAGGUAAACGGGUGGAUAGCCCAAGGUAACAGUUUUAAUGAAUGGCUUCAAGUAAACCUGCUUGAUAUAACGGAGGUCACAUCAAUUGCUACGCAAGGUGUCACGAUUUCAUCUAAUGUCUUCUAUGUAAAAAGUUACAAACUAAAGUAUAGAGAUAACGAAGAUUCGCCAUUUCAAGAACACAGUACUACGUUUGUUGGCAACAUAGACGCAAACAGUGUUGUCAAGAAUGCGAUAAACCCACCCAUUGUCGCUAGAUAUGUUCGUGUUCAUUCUUUWKMUURSCAARRGSYURUUGCUCUGCGAAUUGAAUUGUACGGAUGUGUGUUAAAUUAA